UUUACUUUCGCGGCGUUUUUCAAUGCAACUUAAGUGCGAUAUUUCUGCAAAGAACAAUUUUCAGAAAGUGUUUUCAAGGAUUUUAAGAAUUCAGCAAGAUGUUUCGUUUUGCUUCAGAAUAUGCUUCGGUGAAAUUCCGAUCCCUCAGUGGUCAUCGCUUGGCAGGGUCCAAGCUGGGGUCACUGCCCCUUCCCCAAGAACCAUCCCGGUUUCUGCCCGCCGUAAUAUCCCAGUCGGCAUCAGCUAGUCAGAGUGAGACAGAAGUCCGAGAGGACCAAUGUCUCCCGCCGCAAGCAGCACCAAGCUACCGGGUAGAUCCCAAGUCGGUUAGACUGGUGGUAGAAAGCGGACAACAGCUACCUCAACUAACCCGAUCGCUGUUCGACAGGUUGCGAACAAGAUUGUUCGGCAACCACAAAGUGGUUCCACUACCAGCGCUGACUGAGACUAGGUCCAGCGAUUCGCUAGCCCGAGUUGUUAAGCACAAAUCAGUGAAAUGGAAUUUGGUUCCAAACCAAAAGAGCCUCUCCAAAUCUCCAAGGACAUCAUCCCUCCACAGCUCACAGGAGCAAAAAGUUUCUGGACGACCAGAAAGGGAAGGUCUCGAGAGAGGAGAGCAGGAUGGGCGUAAAAGGCCAAAGAAAAGAAGAUGUCGAGUGACUUCAUCAGCCAAAGCAGUCUCUGUACGAGGAUCAGUUGCUCCUCCUCAAGACGAUAAGAAGAUUAAAGAUGAGAGGGAGGAGUUUGAAGAAGGAGUGCAGGAUGAAGACCAAGACACCAGGAUGGAUCAAAUGAUUCAAGACAUGAGCAGCCCAGAGGUAAACAGUUUGGGAGUUGUUGAUGUUAUGUCUCCGAAAAGACGGAGGGUGUACAGUCUGUCACCAUCACUCAACCAAACGAGCUUGUGCAGUCUGUCACCAUCACUCAACCAAACGAGCUUGUGCAGUGUGUCACAAACACUCAACCAGUUGAGCCCGAGCUUUGGCAGCACACAAGCUCUUCAUAAUCAGACACCACUAGUCCUCACCUCAGCUUAUACAGCUCCUCAGUGUGUCGACUUGCUCCCAAGAAUCGACACACGCGACCUAGAUCUCGUCUUCCGACAGAAGGGGUCAUCCUACUCGCCAGUCACGCUCGGACAGGGCGCCAACGGCCAGGUUAUCCUGAUGCAGAGGCGCUCUGACAACAGUCUCGUCGCCGUCAAGCAUCUAACCCACACGGGAAACCAAUAUGCAGCCAACGAAGAAUUGACCAGGGAGACACAGGCAAUGAGCGCCGUCUCCUCCAGUACAGCCUUUCCAAAACUUUUAGGAGUCGUGAACCGCAACUCAUUCGCCAUGGAGUUCAUUGGCACCCUCGAUCAAAAGACAUCUUGGAGUGUGCUUGAAGCUUUCAGCCCUCCGAGACUAUUGAAGUCACAGGAUUGGUUGAAAGUGUGUAUUGACAUCACCAAAGGUCUCAUGGAUAUGCAUGCUGCAGGCUGGACCCACAAUGAUUUGCAUAAUGCAAACGUCAUGGUGUUGCGUGACACCCCAGACCAAUCAGGAACAUGGGAGGGCAAGAUCAUCGAUCUUGGGUGUGCAUCUCGCAUAAACGACCCUCCCCCUGUAAGAUACCUCAGUGCAGAAGACCAAAAACACUGCUUCAAGUACUGCGGCCAGCUGGCACCUGAGAUCGUCGAAGGCAGAGCCACAUUCAGUCCCCUAUCGGAUGUCUUUAGUCUAGGGGUGGUUUUCAGAGACAUAGCUCGAUCGAGCAGACAUCUUUCUCAUUUGAAGUCCUUGGGUAAACGAUGCAGUCAUCCGUUGCCAAAGACGAGACCAGCAAUGGGACAAGUGUUGCAAGAACUCACAUCGAUGUUGAAGAGCCACAAAAACACUCCUCCCAAAUCACGCAUAGGAAGUCUCUACCAAGCUGUAAAGCACCACAUUCGACCAUGAAUCUAUAUUCACAGACAAUAAUGAUGGUAAAUUUAUGUUAGCAUAAUUAGUCAACAAAAAGACUGGAUGAAGGGGGGAAGCUCUGCGUUUACAAAACUAAAAGCCACAAUCAUGUUGUAGUUUUUUCUGAGCAACCAAAAUUCCAGUUGCGGUAUGAAAUACAAAUUAUUGCCAACAAUUUAAACCCCAGAGUUUGCAGGGUUUUUUUUUGUAUGGGAGUCGACUUGAAGACUAUAAUCACUCAAAAUAAUUAUAAGUUAUCUUUCUGUGAUACUAAUUUAUUCAGCCUUUUGUCAGUGAUUCGAUUCGAUAAAAAAACGCCACUAACCAAAUCAUUUCUUUAAAAUAUAUCUUUUUAUUUCAAUCUAAAUUUGCUUGUUACUUUAUGCAUCAAUUCAAGUGAAAAUAACUAUAACUGGUUUAGCAUUGACAAAAUGAUAUCACUCACCCGGAAGAUUUGUUUAAAAAAAUAAGGAUAUAAAAAAAACAAUAAGCAACAGAGAUCAUUUCCUCUUAACAAAAACUACUUGUUGCUAUUAGGAAAAAAAAGAGUUAAGGUUAAAAGCAUUUUCGAAAUCAAGGCUUAGUUUCUGGUUAGGUCACUCUGCCAUUUUGAAACCGUGUGUCUACAGCACAUGGCAUCAAAAUGGCUAAAAGUGACGCAGCCGAUCUAAAACUCAUGGUUUCCAAAAUGCCUGCAUGGGUCUAGCGGAGCUUGUCAAAGCUAAGCCACAACAGUUAAACACAAAACAAUAAACUUAUUAUAUAUUAAGUAAUUUUUUAAGAAAGUUUUAUACAAAAAAAUGAUUGUUAUUUCACUUAAAUUGUUUUCAAUAAAAGAGUUGUUCAUAAAUUUUGGACGCUGAUUGAAAUAAAAUUACAAUUAUUACUAAAUUGAAUGUCUCUUUUGAAAAUUUCUUUCAUGACAAAUCUUUUGCUUUCAAGGGUAUCGAAAUGUCCCUAAUAUCGAUAGAACAAGGGCCUCAUUAUUUUUUAUGUUUCGUCUUUGUAGUCUUUAAUUUCAUAAUCUUACGCAAAAAAUCAUUAAUGUCACAAGAACUGUGUCGACUGGUGUAAGUGCCGCCUACCUCUUAGACAUUUUUCAAUGGGCCAACGGAGGCAAAGACUUUUGGUUUGCUUUUUAGCUCAUUUGGGGGGGGGGGGCAUUCGCAAGAAAGAGGGGAAAGGGUUCAGAGUAAAGGAGGGGAGGGUCAAGGCACCCCCUUCCCAACCCUUAUACACCACUGAUACAUAUUUAACCGAGGACCUUAACAAAAGCGAACAAUGUCAACGUUUGGCAGGUGAUCUGCAGUUUGUUUUUCAUGUACAAAACACGUGGGAACAUCCCUCAAAAAACCUAACAAAUAGGAUGUAGGGACAUUGCUAAAAAAAACUGUUUGAUCUUGUGAACAGAGACCAAAAGAGUCCAUACAAUGUUGGGACUUGAAACACUUGAAAAAAAAGGUUAAACGCACUUUUUCUAAAAAGAACAUUUCUCUUUUAUUAACUGCAAAGUGUGCCCUGUGCCGAGGUGAGCUCGUUAUGCAAAACCAAAAUAAACCUACUUUGCAACUUAUUGCGACCGAUGGUGUUAAGCUAAUUAAUAAAACAUGGAGUCGAAUACAUCUGUUUUCAUUUGUAACGUGCUGGAUCAAACAUUAUUGAAUUCAUAAAAUUUCAGAUAACAAAACACAAUGGACAUGAUCACUUAUGGCUGAUACUGUCUCAAACAGAGUCAAAGAAAAAAGGAUCAGUUUCUUCUUAAAAGGAAACAGUGAAUAGCAGUUACUUGUAAAAUCAUUUUUCAAUUCAAAUAAAUAGAGAUGAUGCAGCACACGAGUAACAGGCAGGAUAGUUGGUCCUUUGAAAAAAAGGAGGAUCAUUUAAUCAAGUACAAAGCCGACCUAUGAUGUAGGCUGCAAUAGACUUUAAGGCUACCUAAUCACAUCUUUUCCUAUUUUUUUUUUAUUUUGAAGGCAAAAAGUCGGAAA